GUCUGGACACUGGAGAUAUCACAGAGAGGGAGAGGUAUGAACACACAACAAAGAGUGGAGGAGUUUGAGCAGUGUAUCGCAAUCAACGUGACUUUAUGGGUGACAAAACGGCCAUGUCACAGCUAGAAACUGAGGGAGGCUGUUCCUCCAAGUCGUUCAAGCUGUACUCCCCCAAGGAGCCCCCCAACGGUAGCACUUUCCCCCCCUUCCAUCCCGGUACCAUGUUGGACAGAGACGUGGGUCCAACCCCAAUGUAUCCUCCCACAUACCUGGAGCCAGGCAUAGGGAGGCACACGCCAUAUGGCAACCAGACAGACUACAGAAUAUUUGAGUUAAACAAACGGCUACAGAACUGGACAGAGGAGUGCGACAACCUAUGGUGGGAUGCAUUUACUACAGAGUUUUUUGAAGAUGAUGCCAUGUUGACCAUUACCUUCUGUCUUGAAGAUGGGCCAAAGCGUUACACAAUUGGUCGGACGUUGAUUCCAAGGUACUUUCGGAGUAUAUUUGAAGGUGGCGCGACUGAGCUCUACUAUGUCCUGAAACACCCCAAGGAGUCGUUUCACAACAACUUUGUUUCACUUGACUGUGAUCAGUGCACCAUGGUCUCCCAAAAUGGAAAACCAAUGUUCACACAGGUGUGCGUGGAGGGCCGCUUAUACUUGGAGUUCAUGUUUGACGACAUGAUGAGGAUAAAAACGUGGCACUUUAGCAUCCGACAACACCGUGAACUCAUCCCUCGCAGUAUACUUGCCAUGCAUGCCCAGGACCCACAGAUGCUGGACCAGCUGUCCAAAAAUAUUACAAGAUGUGGCCUGUCAAACUCGACUCUAAACUACCUCCGACUGUGUGUGAUACUGGAGCCCAUGCAGGAGCUGAUGUCCAGACACAAGACGUACAGCCUCAGCCCCAGAGACUGCCUCAAGACCUGCCUCUUCCAGAAAUGGCAAAGAAUGGUGGCACCUCCAGCCGAGCCAUCAAGACAGGCCCCAAACAAACGGCGGAAGCGUAAGAUGUCGGGUGGCAGCACCAUCAGCGGAGGAGGAGGAACUAAUAGCAACAAUAACAAGAAGAAGAGUCCGGGCAGUGGCUUCCCUCUGUCUAGCCAGGUUCCAGAUGUGAUGGUGGUGGGAGAGCCCACACUGAUGGGAGGGGAGUUUGGCGACGAGGACGAGCGUUUGAUCACGCGGCUGGAGAACACCCAAUUCGAUGCAGCCAACGGCAUUGACGACGAGGACAGCUUCAACAACUCCCCGGCUCUGGGAUCCAACUCGCCCUGGAACAACAAGGCGCCCUCCAGCCAGGAGAGCAAGAGCGACAACCCCACCUCACAGGCAUCGCAAUAGACUUUGGGCUCCUCCUCCAUAACCCAAUUCCCUCGCGCCCUCCUCUGAGCCUUCCCAAAGCCAAAAGUCUCAAGAGCAACAGGUUUCCUAGCAGCCCCCCGACAGGCGUUUUGAGCUCUGACUCUUCCGGCACGCGGUGCCUGGCGGCGCUCACUUCGACUUUCUGCCAUGACUCUUAACUUCCCAACUUAAAGGCACCGUGGUCCCUUCCCCUCUUCUGGUCCUUUUCUUCGUUUCCUACUCCAAAUGUCUCGUCUGCUUUUGGUCAUUUCCACUUUGGACAGCGACAUGCUAGUUGUGAUGGAGGCGCGGUGAUUGAAUCCAGGAGAGAGCUAACCCACACUAAACCCAAGAAGAACGCUACAGCAGUGUGGCAUGGCUGAGGUGGCAAGUUGCUCAGGGACAGCUUGUCCACCAACCAGCCUUGAAACCACUCAAUUCUGGACUGCUCUGAUGCUUCAAGGCACUAGAAACCUUUGUCAACAGAGUAUCUAUGUGAGCGCGUGUGUGCGCACGUCUGCGUGAGUGAGCGACAAACGUUUGAGGAGAGAAAAGAAGCCUAAACACAUCAGUGUCUUUGCUAAAUCGAGCAGACCAGAAUUUAGAGACGUCUUGCAAAAUUGUUGAAAUUGUGACACCGAGUGUGGGACACAACAAUUCACACUAAACACACACACUUAACCAUACACACACAGACCCGCGCGCACACACACGCGAACGAUGGAAGGAGUUUGUUUCUCGUUAUGAGCCAUCUCUGAGUAGACUCCGAUGUAAGCAACAUACACACUUACACAUUUUAAGAGUUUUUAUACAGUAUAUAUUUCCCUAGAAUGUUUUUUUUUUUUUCUAUUAAACAUCUUCAGUUCAAUUGUUUAUUUUGAUUUUUUACCAAUACUGAAAAGCUACAGACCAAGGAGCACCACAGGACUUUUAUUCCUCCUCUAAAAUAUAUUGUUUUUAUCUUUUGUGUUUAUAAAAGAAAAAAUAUUUAGUGUGGAUGUUUUAUUUUGUCUUUCCGUUGCUUUUGGAAAUUUGAACUUUUGUGUAUUUGUGCUUGUAUAUUUAAGGUAGUAGCAAAGUUCUGUCUGACUGUAAUAAGAUGUAUUCUUACUUAGAUAUACCUAAAGCCAUCUUGAUCUAAUGUAAAGAAACAAAAUAGGAGAAAUGAGGAAAAAAAAAAACCCACCCCACUCGUUCCUCCCUCUUUUUUUAAGGGUAGUGUAAAUUAAUUGACAAAAAUCCCUGAGGGUACAACAGCACCAUCGGAAGGUGUUUUGUGUCUUUUGCUUUUCUUUAUUUAUUCAGGACAUUCAGAAAUCCACUGUUCCAGGUCUACAUUAAAUUGCUAGUUUUUUCCCCCCCUCCACUGUCAGAGGUUUUAUGUCGUGCGUAACCUGAUUCAACCCAAUGUCAAGUGAAUGUGCUGAAAUGUUUGUCUGACUUUCACUCCAGUCACUGGCUAUAAAGGUUGUUAAGAAACUUAUACCUUCCAACAAUGUUUUAAUUUGUGCCAUCUUCAAACAUGUUCUAAAACCAGCUUAACAUUAUGUUCACUCUGCAUAGUUUAGUCUAUAAAUUCAUGAGUCAUAAAAAGCCUGAAAGAAGUCCUGCUGUUCUUGAUUUGGCCCUUCUGGUAAUCAUCAUGACCAUAAGUGGAAUCUUCUAACUCUUUGUACAUUUCUGUUUUGUUUUACACUUUCAAUUCAUUUAAAAUUUAUUUUGAAUGGUGAAUUGUACCUUCCUCAAACCCAGUAGAAUCAUUGUUUGGUAUCAUUUAUUUUAUUUUAAUUUGGUUAGUUUCCGCCCUUGCUAAUUAAUGUAUGGUACCAAUAAAAAAAGAUACAUUUUCACUUUAA